UGUUUUGUAUUGGUUGUGCUGAAAUGACUUCUAACAGGCUUGUUAACUGUUUUGUCAUUGGGUUUCCACUGAGCAGUCGCACAAGUAACCAAUCAUGAAUUUUGUUAUGUUUGAAGGCAUAAACGUUAUUUGUUUUAAAUGGUGUGUCGUUUUAACCAGUGUUAUGUAUUUUAUUUGAUUUAAAGUUAUUAAUGAUUCUUUUGUAUAUUUUAUACUGUGAAUGGGUGUUCUUUAAUGUUAUGUUUAUUUUCCACUACUGCUUUACAUAACUGUGCUGGUUUGUUUGGAAAAUGGCCAAGAAUAGAGUGGGUUAACACCAUCAGUGAUGAAGGAGAACGGUUAGUUGUAUUUGGAUUGUGAUGUCGACGCCACAUUCAUCAACAAAACGUCAGCGACUGUCUGAAAAACUCCACACACCGAGAUCAGUAUUUGGAAUCAGAAAUAAAAAAAAGGAAGAAACAGAGCCAGGAAAUGAUUUACAAGUUCAGUAUACAAUUCAACCAGAGAGACUUUAUUCUAAUUUCCAUGAUAGCGAUUCAGAUGACGAAGAUUACGAUGGACUUGAAGACCUCACUGGCAAAACAUGGAAGGUCUUCAGGGUAUCACCAUUGCACAAUUUUGAAUAUACGACUGUCCGAAUGAAGCAGUACAGUCUGCGGCUGCGAGAAGGACUUACUACUUUACUAAUGGAUUCCACAAAUGAUGCCCAUUAUGAUGUUAAUUUCUCUGUGGCUGAAGGACUUGCUCAAACACAGAAUGACAAUGAAGCUGUAAAGAUAACGGUUAAUAUGAAGAAAAAUAAUGGGGAAAAUGUACGAAGCAAACAUUACAUUGGCUUCCUGGUGUGUCGAGGUGCGUCAAAAGCAUUAGGAGAAGAAGCAACAAUUCAUCUACCAUUGCUACUGUGUAGUGGGACAGUGAGAACUACUAAAUCAAUUCAUCACCUUCUUCGAAAGUUCUUUGACUGCUCCAUUGAUGCAUAUCAGAUAACGCAGGAGGAUCUGGCGUGGUUGUGUGCAUUACAGGCAGAUGAAAAGGACACGCGCAAGGGGGCUUCUCAAGUCGAAAUGACGUUCUCAUUCCCACAGUUGUCUGUAAGGAACAGGAUUCAAUUUAAAAUUCCACUUACAAGUGUAAAAUAUUUGUGGAAAAGCAUCCAUGACUACAACUCAGAAUAUGCUUCGUUUGAAGAAGUGAGCAGGUUUUAUGAAGCACUGCAACAACAAUUGGCCCGUGUGUAUGAGUUCAAUAUUGAGAAAGGGCAGCUCAUGCGAAUCAAAACUCCAACAUUAACCAUUAGUAAUGAAACCAAACUAAUGGCUAAGACAGGAAGGGUAUUGAACUAUGUGCUCAAGUUUCUCUACGAGGGAUCAGCAGUGAUCGACACCUGUGCCCCGACACUGAGUGUCGAGCCAGACUGACAUAGCUGUUUUAUAUAUUUUAGCAGCGCAAAGACAAGUUUUUCAGUCUGUAUCAAAGCAAACUUGUUAAAGUGUCGAGACAACUUUGCAAGUUAUCAAACGCGUUUGGUUGAGCGAGUCGUAAGAGUUCAUAAAUUUUAAAUAUCUGAUGUAACAGUUAAUUUUGCCAGUGUCUUACUAUGGGACAGUAUAUUGGGACAGUGAUAUGUUAAUAAUAUUUUGUCAUACUGGCAUAACAUAAUUUUUUAGAAAUAAUUAUUUUUAAUGGCUGGCUGGCACAACUUAACUGUAAAUAGGUCUUAUAUAGUUACAUUUUUUAUAGUUAUGGAUAACUCGAGAGUUGUGUCAGGGGUUUUAUAUAAAUAACAUUUUAAGGACAAGGUGUCACGCAUUCUUUCUACAUGCAAAAGAAUCUUUCAUAAAUGUGAUCAUCAUAUAAAUGCUUUCUGUACAUUGCGUGACAUUUGUAUGAUGACCCCUUUUGUUACACAUGAACUGCUUCCUCAGCAUGGAUGUACAUGCACCUGAAGUUAAAAUUUCCAUGCCAAUCUGUUGACCUUCCCUCCUAAAGAAGACCAACAACCAGACCGCUCCCCCCCCCCCAAAAAAAAAAAAUCUGUGUUGUGUGAAGUGCAGUUCAAAGGUCAACUGCAGCUGUGUACACUGGAUUCUUUUAAAGUAAAAUAAUGUGGCUUUAAGACUGUCUCAGAAUAUUUGUAUCCUGGGGGUAAAUACAGGAGAUAAUGCAA